CCCUGUAUUCUGAAAGUGGAACCAACUUCUUGUUUGGACAUGUUUCGACUCGUGACGCACAAAGUCACGCACACUGUUACAAAACUGUAGUUGCAUUAUUUUCUUCCUUUUUUCCCCUGGUUGUUGAAAUAUGAAGAAAACAAAUGGAGGUCGGCAGCCUUGUUUCAUGCAGAGAGGACAUUUCUGCGCUGUUCCCUGCGGAAACAACUCCAAGUGCAAAGACUUAAGCAGCCAGUUUUGCGCUGUUAGGAAAGUGAGCGGAGAUGGGAACUGCUUUUACAGAGCCGCCUGCUUCGCACACCUGGAGUCAGCCUUACACCACCCUAGAGCUCUGCAGAGCUUUAAGGACAAGAUCAUCCAGAGUGGAAGAGUUUUGACGUCUGCGGGAUUUGAUGAGAGUUCCUUCAGCCACCACCAGAAUACACUGGUCCGUGUUGUAGAGCAAUGUCUGGCUGAUGAGCAGGAAGACACUUUACUCAGACUCUUCAACGAGAAGCUGAUCUCUGAUGGAGUGAUCCAGUUUCUCAGGCUGCUCACGUCGGCUCACCUCCAGAACCACGCUGACUUCUUCUGUAAUUUUGUCGAGGCGCCAGAUCUCAAAGUCUACUGCUGUCAGGAAGUGGAGACGAUGGCCAUGGAGUGUGAUCAUGUGGACAUCCUGGCUUUGGUGCAGGCCCUGGAUGUUGGAGUCCACAUCGUUUCCAUGGAGGGUGAUAAAGAACAACUAGCUCACCACAUCAUUCCAGAAGGUGUUGAACCAUCUGUGCACCUCCUCUACCAAACAUCUCACUAUAACAUCAUCUACCAGCGAAUUCACCGGAACCCAGAUCAGCUCAGGAACACAGACUCUCUUUGAUUGACGAAGAUCUUUAUAAAAAUCUGUCUACAUCAUGAAUUAAAGUCACUUUUACAUAAAGUCAUCCACCUGUCUGAUUCGCUGGACAUUUUCAUCACCAUCACUGCUGCUGCUCCACUUUCUUUAGUUUUUUCUGAUUUGUUUGAAGCUUUUUCUUCAGCUCAUCUUUCUUCUUCUGCACCGCAACCCUGGCCAGGGCACUUUCCAUCGUUGCGCCGGGCGUGUGAGGCAGCGGGAGCUUUCCCAUUUUCGUCGGGUACUUCGUUUUCAUCGCACCCUUGAAAACAGGCUGCGAGAUCAAACGCCUCAAUUGCUUUUUCAUCUCUCUCACCAUCUUCUGCUGCUCUCUGUCCUCUUGCUCUUCUUUAGCGCCACCUAUGGACCAAAUGCAUUAUUGGUCACCUGUUUUAAAUGUGUUUUAAAUAACUGGGUUGAUGUUGGUCUUACCCAGUAAAAGAUCAUCAUCCAGGUCCACCUCCAGGGCUGCUGCAGCUCGUCUGAACCAGGAGUUAUGCUGCUUCUCUCUGCCGUUGUAGUACUCGAUCUUCUCUAUGCUCCUGGCAACGUUUACUCGUUCCUGUGAGAUCACAUCAGUAAAUCAUUCAAUCUAAACUCUUUAAUGUCUUAGAAACAUGUUUGCUGACACGACUGUAACUAUAAAUAUUCCUGGUUUAAUAAAAAGAUAAGUUUGAGAUUGA